AUGAUUGAAAGUCAUGUCAAGACGUAUCCUGUGAUGCUUUAUAUGAAAGGUACCCCAUCAUCUCCUCAGUGUGGAUUUAGUAUGCAGGUGGUACGCAUCCUGCACGCGCAGGGUGUGAGUUUUGACAGUGUUAAUGUAUUGGAUCACCCGGAGAUUCGUGAGGGCGUGAAGGAGUACUCACAAUGGCCAACGAUCCCACAGCUUUACGUGAACGGUGAAUUUGUAGGUGGCUGCGACAUUAUCACGGAUAUGAACAAGUCUGGUGAGCUGGCCGAGUUAUUGAUGGACUUUAAGAAGGAUUAG